UACAAAUCUAUUACAUUUAUUGAGGGAGAUCAUGUCGGAAACCAAACAAGAACCCGUCGCACAAUUCAAGCUGGUGUUGGUGGGUGAUGGUGGUACUGGAAAGACAACAUUUGUCAAACGUCAUUUAACGGGAGAGUUUGAGAAGAAAUACGUUGCAACCCUCGGUGUUGAAGUACAUCCACUGGUGUUCUAUACUAACUUCGGGCCCAUCAGAUUCAACGUGUGGGACACAGCCGGCCAAGAAAAAUUUGGAGGUCUCCGUGACGGUUACUAUAUCGGAGGACAGUGUGCUAUCAUCUUCUUCGAUGUCACGUCUCGUGUCACGUACAAAAAUGUGCCUAGUUGGCACAGGGACUUGGUCAGAGUACUGGAGAACGUGCCCAUUGUCCUUUGUGGAAACAAAGUCGAUAUCAAGGACAGGAAAGUGAAGGCUAAACAGAUUACAUUCCACCGAAAGAAGAAUCUUCAGUACUAUGACAUCAGUGCCAAAUCUAACUACAAUUUCGAGAAACCAUUCCUUUGGUUAGCCCGAAAGAUUACGGGCGAGGCAGGAUUACAGUUUGUUGAAGCACCCGCUCUGGCUCCCCCAGAGGUCAAAGUCGAUCCUCAUCUCAUGGCUCAGUACGAACAAGAUUUGGAUAACGCGGCGAACAUGGCCCUUCCCGACGAUGACGACGAUGACGACUUGUAGAGAGAGUAUGAGGAAGGCUUUAGACUUGAUUAGUCAGUCUUAAAUGACAUUCAAUUAGUCUGGAUAUUCCAUUUGCAGUUUAGAAUUGCCGAACUGGAUGUGAUCUUGCUCUUUAGUAGUGUUUUUAAAAUGUGUUUCCUUUUGGGCUAAUCUAAUUCGAUCUUGGGAAAGGGAGAUCGAAGUUAGAAAUUCUUUUUUGAAUUUUCGAAUCUGUCAAAACAUUUGAAUAAGCCUCAGAACCCGGCUAGAAUUUCAAAAUAAGAGGGUAAACACCCGUAUUUGAUUUUUAGUUCAGUAUCGCCCAAAAUAUUUAUAAAAUUAAAACUAUGAGCCGGACUGUUUUAUUUUAUUUAUAUUUUUAAUUUGCCAUUAGA